AACGCGUGACGCCCGCGCCCCGCCUCCCGCUGCCGCUUCUGCUGCUCCCGGCGCCGCCGCCGCGUCGGCCCAGCGCGGGCUGGCGGCGGAGCUGUAAGCAUGGAGCCGGAGCGAGAGUGCCGGGUGCUGUCCAUCCAGAGCCACGUCGUGCGAGGCUACGUGGGCAACAAGGCGGCCACCUUUCCCCUGCAGGUUCUGGGAUUUGAAGUUGACACAGUGAACUCUGUCCAGUUUUCAAACCACACAGGUUAUGCCCACUGGAAGGGUCAGGUGUUAAAUUCUGAUGAACUUCAUGAACUGUAUGAAGGACUUAAACUGAACAAAGUCAACCAGUAUGAUUAUGUACUCACAGGAUAUACAAGAGACACAUCAUUUCUUGCAAUGGUGGUGGAUAUCGUCCAAGAGUUGAAGCAACAGAAUUCUAACCUAGUAUACGUAUGUGAUCCAGUGAUGGGAGACAAAUGGAAUGGAGAAGGCUCCAUGUACGUGCCUAAGGAUCUCCUUCCAGUCUAUAGGGACAAAGUUGUACCCGUUGCUGAUAUAAUUACUCCUAACCAGUUUGAGGCUGAGUUACUCACUGGGAGGAAGAUUUACACAGAAAAAGAUGCUUUGGAAGUAAUGGAUAUGCUCCAUUCCAUGGGACCAGAGACUGUGGUGAUAACCAGCUCAGAUCUACAGGCACCGCUAGGAAACGACUACCUGAUUGCUCUGGGAAGCUACAGGAAAACUAAUGCAGAUGGUACCAAGAUAACACAGAGAAUUCGAGUGGAAUCCCCUAAAGUGGAUGCUGUCUUUGUUGGAACAGGAGACUUGUUUGCUGCUAUGCUUUUGGCAUGGACACAUAAACAUCCAAACAAUUUGAAGGUGGCAUGUGAAAAGACUGUGUCAGCCAUGCAACAUGUUCUGCAGAGGACCAUUAAGAGUGCAAAAGCACAAGCUGGAGAAGGAAACAAACCAAACUCAGCCAAUCUGGAAUUGAGAAUGGUCCAAAGCAAAAAGGACAUAGAAAACCCAGAGAUCAUAGUGAAAGCUACUGUGUUAUAAAGGCUGUAUGUCUCCAAUAACGCACAAUGUAUUGAUGUCCUCAUUUCUUUCCUGUAAAUUGUAAUAUUUGCCUUAGAUCUGUGACAGAAACCUGACUUUCAUGAAAUAGUGCCCAGCAUAGGCAGAUAUCCACUCUCAAACAUAUGUGCUGGCCUUGCUCGGUUUUAAAAACAAAACAGAGUCAGUAUGCAUUAAAGCAUAUUACCAGGUAUCAAAAUGGCUGUCAAAUUCACUUUGUGUGUGUAAUUUCCCAGGGCAAGAGAGUACAAUGUUCCUGCCUUGCCAAAGACUUCAGAUGUGAAUUUGCUAAUGGAAUGCUUGACUGACCGGAGAAUAUAUUUCAAGAUGGCAUCUAGUGCCAAUGGAGCUUGCUACAAGCUCCCUUUUCCUGGAGAGAUAUGUUUACCUCUUCUGGUAUUCAUUAUCUCAGCUGCUACGAAACUAAGCAGGGUUAAAACUACACACAAAGCUCUGGAUGUGUGUAGAAGUUCUUUGAAGAUGUUUGGCAAUUAAGUACUCUGAAGUGACCUUGAGGUGUCUGUCAUUAAUGUUACUGAGAACUGGUCCCAUUUCCUGUCUUAUGAACUGCUGCACAUUUUGAGUUUUUUUGCAGGUACUGGCUGCUAAUUUCUAAUGUCCACAGGUGCCCUCAUGUUCUUCUUCCAAAACUCUGCUCCAGAAACACAUUCAUUAAUAAGAGAAUAUAUUAAUUUAGUAGCACUGACUACAAGUUCGUAGAUUUACCUCUGAGGCCAAGUGAGCUUGACACUUUCUUUGUGUUUUUUUUUUAACUAAGGACAAAUGUUAUUUAAGAACAAAAGAGAAAGCAGCUCUUAUUCUGAAGCCUGACGGCAAUCCUUCUUUCUUCAUGGAUGUAUUUACACUGUGUAGAGCACUUCCACUUAGCAAUAGUGAGCGCUGUUGGCAGCUUAUCAAUGAAGCAAUGUGGUAACAGUAAUACACAUGGCUUAGGAAACUGCAUACGUUUACCAAAUUCAGGACAACAUACCAAAUUUGUUCAUAUUAUAAUUCUCUGCAACUUAUUCUGAGUUGAGAUCACAGCAACGUGUUAUUAUUUAUCUCUCAAACAUUUUUUAAUUUCGAAACUCAACUUCAUUAGCCUUUAGAAUGGAAUUUUUACUCUUUUCAGUGUCCUGUAUAUCACAGCCACAUAUUAUGCCAGUAGGGAGAUUGGCUGACAGGUACUGAGCACUCACAAUUCCUGUUGAUUUCUGUAUAGGACUGAAGUUCUUGCUUCUCCCAAGGGGAGAGCAAGUGUGUUUUUAGAUCCAAAUUCAGUUGAUUUUUCCUCCUUAGAUGUCAUAGGCAGAUAAAAAUUUCACUUCUGCAUGAAGCAGAUUUCUUCAUGAAGUAAAUUUGCAUUAGGGGAAGGGGCAGCUCUGAGCUUUUCUUGAUGAUAUGAAUAUGCCUGGGAAAAUCACUGUUGGAUGUCUGCCAGAUACUAUUCCUGCCCAUUCCUCAUCACACCUGCUUAACUGAGUGUCACAUAAAGUGGGAGUCCCCAGCGGAGCUGGUCAGGUGAUUGCUAUUGCCACUGCAGACUUCGUUUAUCCCACCAUUUUGUGGAUUUUCUGCCAUUGUAAAAGUUGAUUGGUUUCACUUAGUAGAAGAGUAAUUUAUUCUUAAAGUUACUUUUAACUGAAGAUAUAUAUAUAUAUAUAUAUUAUUUUUGGUAGAGUAAGAUUUCAUAAUUAACGUACUUCUGAAAUCCCUCAUUUUCAGGAUCUCUAAACCAAAUGGAAUUUAAGAGAUGAACACACUUUGCAGUAUAUGUAAGAGGCAAAAUCCAGGUUUUUACUCUCCACAACUAUUACUUCUGUUUUCUCUCAUACGUUUGACAUUAGAAAUUAAGAAAGAAAAGCGAUGAGAAUUUUAAGAAAAAAAAGAAACACAGAGAAGUGAACUAUAAAAUGUGAUUCUGCUGUCGCGGUUUUUAGUAACCACUGCCAUGAAAUAACCUUUUAGCAAUAAUAGUUUUGGUGAUGUGAGCUGUCACUAAAAUUAGCAGUCAGUAACAGAGAUGAAUUCGUGGCAGAUGUCAACCAUGAACUGUCUUACCACUGUACUGAAACAAGUUUCCCAGUGAGGUUGUGGAGUCACCAGCCUCCACAACCUCUCUGAACAUCCGAUAGAUAUUCAAGUAUUAAGAUUCUGAAGCUCUUCACAUCAGGGGAUCAGCAGUAGAGAAAAGCUCCAAAUUGACCUCUUUUUUUUCUUUCUUUUUUUAAAGCAGUGUUAACUAUGAGCUGACAAAAUUUGCUGUCAAAGAAACCUGACCUGUUCUAAGUCUGUGCUACAGAAAAGCCCUUUCAGAAAGGGUGAGACAGCACCAUUGUUUUUGGCACUGAAAAAGUAGGCUUUCAGAGGGGAAUUGAGAGAAAGGCAGAUCUUUAUUUCACUGAAUUAAGCUUAGAAUUUAGGAAGUACAAAAGUUCCUUACAAAGAGGGUUUUAUCUGUUAACCACAAUCAACCUUGAUCUCACCAUAAAAGAGAUAGUGAGGUGUUUGCUGGAGCAGUUUAUACCCUUCAGAUGUGAUCUCUCCCUAUUGCUCCAAAGAAAGGAGAGUCGCUGCAGUAAUCCACACCUUUCUUGAAAUCUGUGGCAUAGCUGUACAGGGGAUGGACACAGUAAGGGUAGCUUCAUGGGGAAAGAAAUAAAAAGAAGGUCAUGUUACUAAUGAGCUCAAUUUGCAGCAGUUUGUAUUUUGUCCUAGGUGGGCUCUGUAACAGUCGGCUGCUUGCUGCUUCUGCUUGAGUCCUUGGAAGCUGCUCAUGUAGUAUCUCUUUCAAACUCCCACUGCCCUGAUCUAAAUUAGUUCGGGCUUAUAUAUUCUGGGAAUAAUUGUGCUUAACGUCUCUUGCCUGGAACAAACAUCAGCCAUCAUCUGUAAAUAUAUUCUGUAGCUGAUAUUUUGAAGUCACAGUGAGCAAACAGGUAUUUUUGAAUGUCAGGGUAUACAUAUGUAAUACUUAGAUGCAUUUCUAUUGAUUCAGAGUUAUAGAGCACUUUUUCAUGAUGUCUGCAGACAGAAGUUCAAAGUCUCAGUGCAUUCAUGUCCAACCAUUAUUCCUGCCUCUCCUCCCAUGGAUAAUAUCUAUAUUAAAACAACAACACUAACACCACAUACUUCUUGAAAGUAUCUCAGUAUUACACAGCUGCCCACUACUUAUGGACUUGGAGAAAACUCAUCAGAGUUGUCUGAUGCACAUAAAGUUGCCUAGGUAAAGAAAAAUGGUUAACCUAAACCAGGUUAGGUCAGCUAUCUAAUGACUACAGAAGCAAAAGCACUUUAGCUCAGAAAGUGGAGUCUGUAACUAACGAGAAGGCUUUCAUGACUGCCCUAACAGCACAAAAGGUUGCUGUAGCCCACUAGUCCAUAGCCCCUGCUCAUCCUUGAGGCUGGUUGGAGAAUGCCAGCUUCACUGCCGUACAUACUCCCCAGUGGAGGGCACGUGAAUAUGUAAAGUUAGCUGUGAGGUACGAAUCUAAUACUGAGGGGCAGUCCCAUGAGGACAUGCCCUCGUGGGAAUGGUGAGCAAUUUGUGUUUGAGUUCAGUUGACUUCCCUACCAUUCUUCACUUACUUGGAUGUGAUUUGUGUUGGGUCCUUUUUUCUGGGAUGAUUUGUUCAAUGUAUGUGCUCAGCCAUUUUGAUUACUGCACUCAUUUAUGGAGCCAUUGUACAGGAAAGACCAAAACUUGUUUACAGAUGUUGUACUCAUUUCCAGGCCUGGAUACAGUUACUGCAUACUUAAAGUUCCCUUUUACCUCUUUGAGAGACACAUGCAUAAAGACAUUGUGCUAGAAUCCGUACUGUUCACACUCAGUAUAAACAUCUAAGGAAUCUACAGUAUGAAAUUGUUAACUUUUAAUGUUUGUUUGCUAAUUUAUAUUGGAAAAUCUCUGAUCAAUGUGUUAUACAAAAUAAUCGGAGGACCAAGGUUUCCAGCUACUCAUACUGCCUUUUUGAGUAUCUUACUGUAUCUUGAUUGGAUGGUAUUCUUUCAUUGUCUGAGAUUGUUCUGGUGAUUGUAUUGAUAUAUUUUAUUUUAAACUAUGUGGCAAGGAAGAUUGUAAUAAAAGCAUCUACAUUUAAUAUACUGUACACACAAAUUGUUAGAUCCUAUUUUUGAAUAUGUUAAUCAUUUCAGAAUUAAACAAAUCAAGAACAGUUUGAUAGUCUUGCUGAAUAAGUGGAUGUAUUUAAAGGUUUAAUUGGAUCUAUCCUGGUAUAGAGAAUGCAUAGUUAAUGAAAGAAGGUACCUUUGUGCUCCACAGUCAUCUUGUUGCAAGGAAAUAAGUCUCUAGAGUAGAAUAACAUCCUUGUCUUCUUAGAUUUUCUCCUGAGAAGUUCUCAUUGGAAGACAACUGCUGACACCUACAGCACUGCUCUUGUAUGCCUUGUACUUGCAUGUGCAGGACCCCCCCCCCUCCCCCCAUGAUGUGCUCCUUAUCUCUGCAAAGAAGGUGAGAAAAGAGGUUUGAAGUAAGGAUCACAAUUCAUGUUCAGGUCUGUUUCUUGUGCAGCACUUAGCUGAACACCCCUUCACACAGAGUAAUUUUUUUCUUACUGCAGAGCAUACAAGACUACAGUUGGAAACAAUUGUUUUUGCAUGUCAGAACAAGUGCUUCUGUCAGCACUCUACAUUGUGUAUGCUGUACCAGUUUGCAGGGGGAGAGCAGGUAUCCAAUUUAAGGAGAGCACUGGCUAUUGGAGAAGAUUCUUAUGCUGACUGGAGAAGAUAGGCUUAUAUCACAGACGGUCACUUCUCCUGACUAACUGUUUUUGACCACUAGAAGUUGAGACAGAUUUUGGUCACUGAAAAUCCAAAGUAUUUUUCCAUAUACUGAAAAAAACAAUCCAUUCUUUUAUGUCACAAUCCAUCCUUGAUUAGGCAUUCAACCAUUAGAGUCCCAAGAGAAAUUAGUUGGAGAAUAGCUGUCCUUUUUGAAAGAUGUGCUUUUGAUGAUUGAAAGCCUGCUGCUGAGCAGUUUGGUAGCCUGCUGGCAUUCUAAACAUAUCAAUGGAAUAUGUGUAAACUAUGGGAAGUAAGCUUUUUGACAUGUUCCAUCACAAGCCUGAAAACAGCUCUGCUCUUUUAAGUAAGUGAGUAGAACGGAAUUUAUGUUUGUAUUCAGGAGAAGACUGAAGGUAAAUCUACAAAGUUUGAUCAGAAACUUGGAGUGAUCCCUAAACUGCCAAGAAGGGCACUGAGUACAGGAUGCUGGGUAGCUGCUGUGUCCAUACAUGUCUUUUUAGGAGAGCACAAGCCAGUUUUCUCAUUUUCCAGGAAGGAAAAGGAUGUGGCUUAGUUUUCAGCAGCCUAGGAAUGCUCCUAUAGGCUUUACUGAGGCCAGUACCAGGUAACAGCCCCAAAACCACCAGCCAACUGCAUGGUGCUUGCUGCUCCAGCAGCAGCAGUUCUCAAGGCAAAUGGGAUGCUCCCAAGUAUGUCCCUAAAUUAGCAUUCCCUAGUUAGUGCCUCGACGGUGCAAAUAAGUCAUAAAUAUACCUUUUGCAGUGUAGUGAAUAAGGCAGCAUAUUAUUAAGGCAGAGAAUACCAGCAAUAUGAGAAGGCUGAGCCAUAUGUUACCACUGACAUCAUGUGUAUUCCUAACCUAUUGCCCUUGCGGUUGCAUUGCUAUUUAGAAAAUUCAGUGUGUAGAUGAGUAAUACAUGUAUUGUGUGUGUCUGUAUGCGUGUGUGUAUGUUGAGGCUUUAUUUGCAGUGUGGUGGGGGUGGGAAACAAUAUUUGGGGGCUGGCUGUGCAGGCCUUCAGGAUGUACGUAGAAAGUCUUAAAGAAUUAUAUUUUUAUAGAUCAUGGUGAAGCUGUGGGUCCCAGCCACACCUAGGCUUUUCUUCUUGAAAAGUAAGAUGGGAUGGAAAUAGUGUCAGGUGGCUGUAAUAAAGUAGGGACAGUACAACCCCACCAGCCCUGGACAAACUGAAAUAACUUAAAUAAAAGAUGCCUUUUUAAGUAAUAUUUUUUUAGUGCUGAAUUGUUAAAGAAAUAUUUAUGAGCAAACUUUCUAUGUACUUCAAGUCUGUGUGGUGCUUUGUACUGACUAGGUGGACCUGUUCUGUGUUUACACAUCUCAAUGAUUGCCUCUGAGAUGUAUGUAGUAACUCAAUGAAUUUUAUGCCAGAGAAACAGCAACCGUCUGUGUCGUAGCAAAUGAUUUAAUUUCUAAUGAAAUUGUAGGCUUUUGUAGUGUUUGUGUGUUUUCUGGAUGUCAGUUAUGAGUUGUAUUCUUUCUGCAGUAAGGCUUGUACGCUUGAUUGUAGAGAGAGGCAGUAGGGUGGUAGACACCAUUGUAUAAAAAAA